AUGUCUAAUAGAAAAAAGGUUGCGUAUUUCCAUGACCCAGAUAUAGGUAGUUAUUAUUAUGGAGCAGGUCAUCCUAUGAAGCCUCAACGAAUACGUAUGACCCAUUCUUUAAUAGUAUCAUAUAAUUUAUAUAAAUAUAUGGAAGUGUAUAGGCCUCAUAAAAGUGAUGUAAAUGAGUUAACGUUAUUUCAUGAUUAUGAAUACAUAGAUUUUUUAUCAUCAAUAUCUUUAGAAAAUUAUCGAGAAUUUACAUAUCAAUUAAAAAGAUUUAAUGUAGGAGAAGCAACAGAUUGUCCUGUAUUUGAUGGUCUCUUUCAAUUCCAACAGUCAUGUGCUGGAGCUUCAAUAGAUGGAGCUUCAAAAUUAAAUCAUCAUUGUGCUGACAUAUGUGUGAAUUGGUCAGGAGGAUUGCAUCAUGCUAAAAUGUCUGAAGCUAGCGGAUUUUGUUAUAUAAAUGAUAUAGUGUUGGGUAUUCUAGAAUUAUUAAAAUAUCAUGCACGUGUCAUGUAUAUAGAUAUUGAUGUACAUCAUGGAGAUGGUGUAGAAGAAGCUUUUUAUGUAACCCAUCGUGUUAUGACAGUAUCUUUUCAUAAAUUUGGUGAUUAUUUCCCAGGUACUGGGGAUAUAACAGAUGUAGGUGUUAAUCAUGGAAAGUAUUAUAGUGUAAAUGUACCUUUAAAUGAUGGUAUGACUGAUGAAGCUUUUGUAGAUUUAUUUAAAGUGGUAAUAGACAAAUGUGUUCAAUCAUAUAGACCAGGAGCAAUUAUUAUUCAAUGUGGUGCUGAUAGUUUAACAGGUGAUCGAUUAGGAAGAUUUAAUUUAACUAUUAAAGGUCAUGCAAAAUGUGUAGAACAUGUAAGAUCAUAUAAUAUACCUUUACUUGUUUUAGGUGGUGGUGGUUAUACUAUACGUAAUGUAUCUAGAUGUUGGGCAUAUGAAACUGGGGUUGUUUUAAAUAAACAUCAUGAAAUGCCUGAUCAAAUUAGUUUAAAUGAUUAUUAUGAUUAUUACGCCCCAGAUUUUCAAUUACAUCUUCAACCUUCUAAUAUACCUAAUUAUAACUCACCUGAACAUUUAAGUAGAAUUAAAAUGAAAAUAUCAGAAAAUCUAAGACACAUAGAACAUGCUCCAGGUGUCCAAUUUUCUUAUGUCCCUCCAGACUUUUUCAAUUCUGAUAUUGAUGAUGAGAGUGAUAAAAAUCAAUAUGAAUUAAAAGAUGAUAGUGGAGGAGGUAGGGCACCAGGAACAAGAGCAAAAGAGCAUUCAACCACACACCAUUUGAGAAGAAAAAAUUAUGACGAUGAUUUUUUUGAUUUAUCUGAUAGGGAUCAAUCAAUUGUACCAUAUUGA